UGCAAGAAAACUUUUAAACGAGUCAUUUGGAUUCGACCAAAGAUUAUACUCACCGUUGACCUUCCGUUGACAGUUGGUUGACAGAGUAAAAUGACAACAAAUAAAUAAGAAUAGAAAAUCGUAAAUAAUAAAUCAUAUGAAUUUUGAAAGAAUAUACUAUUCUUUUGUAAAUAAUUGUAGUGGUUGGAGAAUUUUGUAAAUAAAUUAAUGUGACAUAUUAGUCCACAAUAAUUGGUUAAUGUUAAAUAUAGAACUUUAUAUUUCUACAAAUGAUUCUAAGAAUACUGGUCUGCAGAACCUCCAGAUCUUGGAGACCAGCUAACGUGCGUUCAGUUUCAUGCGACCGUAAAAUCACUUUAAAACAUUUGUGCAAGUACUUAAACGUAAACGAAAGUAAAGCUGAAUAUUUGCUGUUGAAAAAUCCAAGUUUAAAGAAUUUAGACAGUUUGAGAAUAGAAAAUGUAAUAGAUGUACUUUACAGACUUGGAUUUCAUAGAGAAGUCCUCUUGAAACAACCAGCAUUGUGCAGCAUAUUGCCUGUAACCCUUAAUUUUAGAUACAAAGUGUUGCAAGAAUGUGGAAUAGACAAUGUAUCAUCAUCUCACUUACUUUCGUAUUUAACAACAAUGAAACAAAAAACUAUUGGUGAGCUAAAAGACUCUAAACUUAUACCAUCGAUUGUAAAUGUUGAAAAUAGACUAGCAAGCUACAUGACUCAGUGGCCAACCUCUCUUACCACUUUGGUUCAUGGGGAUGUGAAUAAAAUGACUUUAUCUGAGUUGAGACUUAAAAUAAUUCAGAGAUACCUAGAACUGAUCUUGGAUAUAAGUCCAAAUGAAUUUGAAAGAGGUUUGCAGACAUACCCUACUAUUAAGCAUAGACCGCUGCAAACUAUCAACAAGACAUUAAACAUUUUACAAGGACAAAUAGUAAUGAAUAAUGAGAAGAUAAAAUCUAACUUUUAUUUACUACAUAUGGAUCCAGAAAAUUUAGAAAACAUUUUAUACAAUCUUAGAUCUAUUGCGGGAAUUGAUAUAAAAGAAAUUAUAAGAAGGUAUCCAAAGUUAGCUAUUAGAAACUGUUCAACGUUAGUAGAAAUAAAAACAAUCCUUGAACAAUAUGGAAUUGGCGAUGAGGCACAAAAAAGAUGUUUUGAAAUAUACACAUUAAGUCCCAGCACAAUAAAGGAAAGAUUGGAAAAAACAAAAAAUAUACCUGAAUUUAACACAUUCUAUAACCAUCCAAGGUUUUUGAAAAUGAUACACUACAAUACUAAAGCGUCUAAAAGAUUAAUAGACUUAUAUAACACUAACAAAAAAUGCUUGAGCUUAAAUAUACUUUCAGGAAGUUCCACACACUAUAAGGUGUAUGAGAGGGCACAAGGUGAUCGGCUAGGAAAGGGCAAAGACCUUCUUUUUUGUAUAUCUCAGUCAUUGGGUAAUCUGUAUAGUACAAAUGACAUAGGAAGAAUAAUUAAAAGACACCCAUUUUGGCAGUAUAUACCUCUAGUCCAUGUAAAAUAUGUUCACAAGCAAUUGUGUAGCGAGUUUACAGCACAUGAUAUUUAUGAAAAUUGUACUAUUCUCCUAUAUCCUUGGAAUAAAAUUCGACAAGUCAUAAAUUCACUUAACACAAAAUCCUUUACUGGUAGUGAUACUUUAUUUAAUGACCUUUUAGACAUUGAAAUGCUUAACAAAUCACAAAAACUAAGUUUAAUUACAUAUAUACUUGAAAAAAAUCAUUAUUUUUCUGGAAAUGGAGUUUGGUCUGAAGAAAAACAAACAAGAUGAUUGUUUUAUUCUAAUAAAUGCUCAAAUAUAUUUAUGUCUACAUAUAAGAACUUUGUUUUAUUUGUAAGUGC